GUCUUCAAUAAGAAGUCCCACAAAACCCCCGAAAGACUUCUGACUCUUUCCUUCCUCCACCCAUCUUUCCUCCCUCGCUCUUGCCCCCCCCACCCCUUCGUGCUCCCACAAACCCUAGCGAUGCUCGAUCCGCCGGCGGCGGCGGCGGCGUCGGGCCCCGACCCCAUCGCGGCGGCCGACUUCGAUGGCCUCCCGAUUCCGCCUCUCGACCCGCUGUUCUUCUCCGCGGACGACGCCGGCGGCUCGAUCGGCGCGCCUCAGCCCUUCGAUCCCGAUCUCGCCUUCGACUUUGGGUUCGAGGAGAACGGGGACUUCGAGUUCACCUUCGACGGCCUCGGCGAUCUCUACCUCCCCGACGAGAACGAGUCCUUCCUCAUCCCCUCCCCCGCCGGGGACCCCGAGCAGAUCAAUUGCGAGUCCGGUUCUUCCGGAAUCUCCGGCGACGGGGCGUCCGAUGUCGCCGGGUACCUGAAUUGCCCGCCGUCGGAGUCUGGUAGCUACCGAUCGGGCGAUCGGAGGGCGGGCGCUGAGAAUUUGUCGGACGUUCCGUCGCCGGACUGCGAUGUCUCCGGCGAUCGGGAGCUUUCGGGCGGUCCAGUCUCGUCGCAGGGGUCGGGGAAUGGUGGAGGCUCUGGCUUGUCGGAAGAUACCAAUCCUCCUUCGCCGUGUUCCGGAAGCUUCGAGCGGGAUGUUUCUUCCAAAUUGGCUGGCGAUCAGAGGUUGAAAGCUGAGGAGGAGAUGUGUAAUGCUUUUGUGGCGAAGCGGAAGAAAGGGCAGGAUGAUACAGUCUCUGAAACUCGAAGUAUUAAGCACAGGCGAUCAUCAGUUGCCGCGGUGGAUGUGGAUAAUUCGCAAUGCAAUGACGAGGACGAUGAGAAAAAGAAAGCAAGGUUGAUGAGGAACCGUGAGAGUGCGCAGCUCUCGAGACAGAGGAAGAAGCAUUACGUGGAAGAGCUUGAGGAGAAGGUGAGGUCCAUGCACUCGACUAUUUCGGAAUUGAAUGGCAAAAUAUCGUUCGUUAUGGCUGAAAAUGUCAGCUUGAGACAGCAAUUGGGUGGUGGCGGAAUGUGCCCGCCUCCGCCACCGGGUAUGUACCCUCCGCCGCCGAUGGCGCAUAUGGCUUAUCCAUGGGUUCCUUGUACGCCGUAUGUCAUGAAACCGCAAGGAUCGCAGGUGCCCUUGGUCCCAAUUCCUAGAUUGAAACCUCAACAACCAGUGUCGGCUUCCAAAGCAAAGAAAGUUGAGACUAAGAAGACUGAGGGUAAAACUAAGAAGGUUGCCAGUGUUAGUUUUCUUGGUCUGCUGUUUUUUGUUUUGCUUUUCGGAGGUUUGGUUCCAAUGGUCAAUGUCAGGUUCGGCGGAAGUGGGGAUGCAGGUGCUGGCAGGUUUAGCUACUUGAAUGAUAGGCAUUAUGAUUAUCACAAAGGCAGGGUUCUGGCUGUUAAUGGACAUAUGAAUGGUACUUAUUAUGCCGCUGGAAGAGGGUCUUUCGGUGCAACAUACAGUACUGGUGCUAAUAGAGGCUGUGGCGGUGGGUCGGACUAUAAGAUCACGAGAAAAGAUAGAGAAUCUAUGCCCAACAUGAGCGAGCCUCUUGUUGCCUCUUUGUAUGUUCCUAGGAAUGAUAAGCUUGUGAAAAUUGAUGGCAACUUGAUAAUUCAUUCUAUUAUGGCGAGUGAGAAGUCUAUGGCAUCCCAUGCAUCUGGUGAAACAAAGAAUCAUGGGAUUACUGAUCCGACAACAAGGCAAAAUCUGGCCUCAGCAUUGGCUCUUCCUGAAGUUGCAAGGGCGAACUCCCGUGUGUAUGGAAAACCAACUGAAAGGCAGAGGGCCCUUGCUUCUGGGAAUGGCGAUCCAUUGAAGGAGCACAUGAAGUCAACACCAGCAGAUGGUAAGCUGCAACAGUGGUUCCGCGAAGGCCUUGCAGGGCCCAUGCUGAGUUCUGGCCUGUGCACUGAAGUGUUUCAGUUUGAUGUCUCCUCGGCUAAAGGAGCCAUAGUACCUGCUUCUCCAGUUGGUAACAUGACUACUCGUCGGAACGCCACUCAAGCGGGCAAGGGGAGAAACAGAAGAUUCCUUCACAAUUUACCCAAUCGCCUUGCUGGGUCCAAUUUCAAUGUGUCCGAGGAGCAAGCGAGAAGAAACUCGAAGACUCGGGACCUUCCAACUAACAAGUCUCUUUCCUCGAUGGUGGUGUCCGUGCUUGUGGAUCCCAGAGAAGCUGGAGACGGCGACGUCGAUGGCAUGAUCCCACCAAAGUCCAUGUCUCGCAUCUUCGUGGUGGUACUAAUGGAUAGUAUCAAGUACGUGACGUAUUCCUGCGUGAUUCCGCGUGCCGCUCCUCAUCUGGUGGCCACUUGAGGUGGAGAGAAGUUCGAGAGCGGUGCGGCAACGACAUAACUCACAGUUUUGUAUAUAUGUCAGAGAGACGAGCUAAUAUGACCGGUACUAUUACCUUGUAAGGGCUUUCCUGGAAGCAAUCGAACUAUUUAACUUUUGCUUAUCUUAUCGCUUCUCCGAUCUCGAGUCCUGUUUUGUAAGGGUGAUGGGAACUUUUGAGUUCUUCGGAUGGUGUGGUGGGGUGUUCUUUCUAAUCAUAGAAAUAAGGCAAAUACAGUUCGACA